UAGGAGACUAUAAUGCCUGGAUUGGAAUGAAAUGGGUCCAACAAAGCGAACUGGAUAUUGAUGAUUCAUAUAGCUUGCCUUAACUAGCUUCGGAUUGAGGAUUCAUUUAGCUAGUUGUAGUUGAGUGGUGUGAAAAAGUUGUUAUCUUUGCAAGGAUUAGAGGUGGGGUAAUGUGGAAAGCAGUCUAGGAGACUAUAAUACCUGCAUGUGCUUUGUUGUUUAUGUGCCUUAUAAAACUUGAUAUGCUUUGUUGUUUAUGUGCCUUAUAAAACUUGAUAUACUUCCUGAUGUUUAUAAUGUAUAUUUUUCCAUAUCUCAGCUCAAUGAGUGAUGUGUGUCUGACCUGGAAUCACUUACGUGUUUGUUAUAUCUUAACGAGAGGAGAGUACCUAUUGUUUGUCUAUGGGCUCUUCACCUCCUCCAACACUUUCUCAUUCUCGUCCUUUGUUACCUUGAUGCUGUGUCAAAUAGCUAUACUAAUAAGGUUGAGCUUCCUUGCAAGUAGUCAAACUGUUAUUUCUAUCCAUAUAAUGCCCUUUUUACUUCUUCAAGAAAAGAAAAAGGAGAAAGGAUGCAUCUUGUCUCUUUUGCGUGCCCUCCAAUAAAUGAAUGAAGAAUGGAUAAUGUUAUUGAUACCAGUCAUGGCAGGCUCUGCACCAGAGGGUUCUCAGUUUGAUGCUCGUCAAUUCGAUGCGAAAAUGUCAGAGCUGAUUGGUGCUGAACAACAGGAAUUCUUCACAUCAUAUGAUGAGGUUUACGAGAGUUUUGAUGCCAUGGGUUUGCAAGAAAACCUUCUGAGGGGCAUCUAUGCCUACGGUUUUGAGAAGCCAUCUGCUAUUCAGCAAAGGGGCAUUGUUCCCUUUACCAAGGGACUUGACGUUAUCCAGCAGGCACAAUCUGGAACUGGAAAGACGGCAACUUUCUGCUCUGGAAUACUCCAGCAGCUUGAUUACAGUUUAGUUGAAUGUCAGGCUCUGGUUCUUGCACCAACUCGUGAGCUAGCACAGCAGAUUGAGAAGGUUAUGCGAGCACUUGGUGACUAUCUGGGUGUGAAGGUUCAUGCUUGUGUUGGGGGUACCAGUGUCCGUGAGGAUCAGCGUAUCCUUCAGAGCGGUGUUCAUGUCGUGGUUGGUACUCCAGGGCGUGUCUUUGACAUGUUGCGCAGGCAGUCUCUUCGCCCCGACCACAUCAAGAUGUUUGUUCUGGAUGAAGCUGAUGAAAUGCUCUCUAGAGGUUUCAAGGAUCAGAUUUAUGAUAUAUUCCAACUUCUGCCACCAAAAAUCCAAGUGGGUGUUUUCUCUGCCACUAUGCCACCAGAGGCUCUUGAGAUUACUAGAAAGUUCAUGAACAAGCCCGUGAGAAUUCUUGUGAAGCGUGAUGAGCUCACUCUUGAAGGUAUUAAGCAAUUUUAUGUCAAUGUCGAAAAGGAAGAGUGGAAGCUUGAAACACUUUGUGAUCUUUACGAGACCUUGGCCAUCACCCAGAGUGUCAUCUUUGUCAACACUAGGCGAAAGGUUGAUUGGCUCACUGAUAAAAUGCGCGGGCGUGAUCACACAGUAUCUGCAACUCAUGGAGACAUGGAUCAGAACACAAGAGAUAUCAUUAUGAGGGAGUUCCGGUCUGGCUCAUCUCGUGUGCUUAUCACAACCGAUCUCCUCGCUCGUGGUAUUGAUGUCCAACAAGUCUCCCUUGUUAUUAACUACGAUCUGCCAACUCAACCAGAAAACUACCUGCAUCGUAUUGGUCGUAGUGGACGAUUUGGAAGGAAGGGUGUUGCUAUCAACUUUGUCACCAAGGAUGACGAAAGGAUGCUUUUUGACAUACAGAAGUUUUAUAAUGUCGUAGUUGAGGAGCUCCCAGCCAAUGUUGCUGAUCUCCUUUGAUGCGAUUUUUGGGUCUGCAGGGGGGGAUUGUUCCUUUUGAUAAGGGUGAGGGAACUGUUCCUUACAUGUAGUAGUUUUAAUAUAUUAUUCUUAGGUUUAGUUUCGGUUUGUUCUGGACUUCAGAUUGGGAAAUGCUGGUCCCUUGAUUUGCCACAGCACCAGUUGCUUUCCCAAUUCAGUUGAACUUCAGAGGCAACUUUUGCAAAUUUUGUUUGGUUUGUCAUUUUGUAUCUUAAGUAUCCAAAUAACUAAGAUUUGGUUGUUGUUUGAAUUGACUCUAUGGAGUUAAAUAGAGCUAUUUUUCUAUGGAAGGCAACUAUUUUAGUUGA